UGCAGUUGGCAAGAAGAAAGAAGGGAGGAGAGAGAGAGAGAGAUAAAAGAAAGAGAUCUGAAGGAGGAAGAGUGUUCUUCCCGGGGUGCUUUGGGAGUGCGGGCACAGUCAGGCACAGAAUGACUGUUUUAUAACUGGAAUCGUCAGUGACGUAUGGCUGCCCGCUCCUUGGCAGCUGUCUUUAUGGACCAGUAGGCAGAGAGAAAUUGACGCUGACAAGACUUUUGCAUCUUGGAAGGGACUGUAAUCUACUGUAGUGAAGAACAGAGCCUCUCAAUCAGGCGGGUGUGAAUAAGAGACAGAGGGGAGUCCAAAAGAAAAGGAAGAGGAGGGGGAAAAAGUGUGUGUUGGGGGGAAGCAGGGAAAAGCAUUUUUGGUGGAUGGUAUGAAGCCAGCCAUGGAAACUGCAGCCGAGGAAAAUACUGAACAAAGCCAAGAAAGAAAAGUGAACAGCAGAGCUGAAAUGGAAAUUGGCAGGUACCACUGGAUGUACCCAGGCUCAAAGAACCAUCAGUACCGUCCCGUGCCAACCCUGGGGGACAGGGCUGGCCCCUUGAGCAGUCCAGGCUGCUUCGAAUGCUGCAUCAAGUGUCUGGGAGGAGUCCCUUAUGCCUCCUUGGUGGCCACCAUCCUCUGCUUCUCUGGAGUCGCCCUGUUCUGUGGCUGUGGACAUGUGGCUCUUGCGGGCACCGUGGCGAUUCUUGAGCAACACUUCUCCACCAACACCAAUGACCACGCCUUGCUGAGCGAAGUGAUACAGCUGAUGCAAUAUGUCAUCUAUGGAAUUGCAUCCUUCUUCUUCUUGUAUGGCAUCAUUCUGUUGGCAGAAGGCUUUUACACCACCAGUGCAGUGAAAGAGCUGCAUGGUGAGUUUAAAACAACUGCCUGUGGCCGAUGCAUCAGUGGAAUGUUUGUUUUCCUCACCUAUGUGCUGGGAGUGGCCUGGCUGGGAGUGUUCGGGUUCUCGGCAGUGCCUGUGUUUAUGUUCUAUAACAUAUGGUCAACUUGCGAAGUGAUUAAGUCACCACAGACCAAUGGGACCUCGGGUGUGGAGCAGAUCUGCGUGGAUGUCCGGCAAUAUGGUAUCAUUCCUUGGAAUGCUUUCCCUGGGAAAAUAUGUGGCUCUGCUCUGGAGAACAUCUGCAACACAAAUGAGUUCUACAUGUCCUAUCACCUGUUCAUUGUGGCCUGUGCUGGAGCUGGUGCCACCGUCAUUGCCCUGAUCCACUUCCUCAUGAUACUGUCUUCUAACUGGGCUUACUUAAAGGAUGCAAGCAAAAUGCAGGCUUACCAGGAUAUCAAAGCAAAGGAAGAACAGGAACUGCAAGAUAUCCAGUCUCGGUCAAAAGAACAACUCAAUUCUUACACAUAAAUGCUUGCCAGAGCGCAGCAGCCGACGAAUUUUCAGCUCUGACAAAUCAUCAGACAGCUGCUCUGCAGUACAGAUGUGUAUCCCACCAAACUAAUUGUAGACGUACCAACAUUUCACUGUCUGUCUCAAGCUGCUGGGAUGUAUCUCUAGGAAAAUCUUCCAGUGGGUAAAUCUUUUUCUUUAGAUAAGAUAAGCAAAUAUUGGAGGUUUCAUGUUAGCCAUUUUAAGAGGCAACACUGACGAAAUGAUUGUUCAUCCUUUGAAAAUGUGUGGCAUGUGCACACUUACUGCCAGAGCCAUUCUGACACAGGCAAUGGGAAUACAUCAUGCUCCUUGAUGGGGACCUGUGACAUGCCAGCAUCAAAGGAUGGGAUCAUAGAUUUACAUCUGCCAUCUGUCCUCAAAUGUUAUCAAAGUAGAACUGAAGUUUCACUUCUGACAGCUGACCUUUGGCUCAUCAAAGAUAAUGUGAUUCUCACAAUCAACUUUUAAAAACAAUUAGCACCUCCAAAGUCUAGGACCCAUUAACUCUCUGAGCCAAUCAGAAAUCGAUUUUCCAAUAAUGCAAAAACGAGCUACAAAUCUGGUAAACCUACCACUGAAGAAGGUGGAUUCUGGCUCAAGCUUUACAAAAUCAGUUUUAUAAUAGAUUUCAUCGUACCAAUAUGAUAAUGACCCAAUGAUCAUCCUUCUUGUUGGAAAUGUCAGCUCUGCCUUAAUGAGUAUUUGCUUUAAAUUUUUAAGAAUUUAUAUUAUAACCAGAGACCCAAAAAUCCUUCACAGAAUUUUGUUCCAUUUUUCUUAAUUAAGAAGUGUUACCGUAUUAAAAUGAGCACCAUUCUAAAUCAUUUUUAAGUGGUCUGGAUAGUGAGUUUACAGUUUCAUACCAACUAUCUAAAAUCUGACUGCAAAUUGACCAGACCUCUGACCUCCUUUUCUAGACUUUAAUACAUAAGUAAUUUAGAGUUGGUAUUUCAUUUUUCCUAUCUAAAUCUUAAUUUCCUGGGAUCGUAAAGAUUUGAUGUUCAGUGGAGAAACUGCUUGAGUUUAAGCCAUUUUCAAAAGAAACUUGCCUUCUAACUCAUUCCAGAACAUUAAGUGACUAUAGAUACUGGGUAUUAGUGACAGUAAGCUUUGUGUUGUUCUUUUUGAAAUGAUCCAUAGAACUGUGGGGUGCAUCAGUGCUUUUCAAAGGGGCUGCAUACUAUAGGGUUAACUAUGUAUAUUCAUGUUAAGAGUUAACUUGUGGUUUGGCUGUUUCCUGGACUUUCAAACAUAUACAUGUGCAGAAAUGUAUUCAAAUGAAAGGAAGCAUACCUUUAUCAAAAUGCUAUUAAAAUUGAACAUCAAGUAUAAUAUUUCAUUUUAAUUUUUUUGGUUAAUGCCUAAAAAUGCCUAUUUGGAUUUUUUUUUUUAAUUGGGAGAAGCUCUCUUCUGUGUAGAACAGUUAUUUGAAGGUAGCUUAGUGUUUUGUUUUCCUGUUGCAUGACAGACUUCAAUAUUUUUUCCAACAGUGGAGGUGCUGUUAUUAGAGUCCAGUGUUCUAGAAAAGGCAGUGUCUAACGCCUAAUUUUACUUUUCUAAUUCUGGUAGCUACUGCCAGGAAUUUUUGAAAGUUUUGUUGACGUAGUCUAAUAUUUUUUAUGUAAAGAGCAUUAAAUUUUGCUAUGUAUAAAUUUUUGUAACCUAACAGUGAAUCAAUAUUUUCUAUCAGUGCCAAGGGCUUCCUGUAGUUCUAUUCAAGUGUUACAAUAAAUAUUUGUAGAUAAUAGUCAAUACUUGUGUAUGCUUAUUUUAAAAAUCUAUUUAGGUGGAAAUAGUUGUGGAUGUACUAAGAGUAUUGAAAUAAAAUUAUAGCUUCAUUGACUUGCCUUUUUACCAUACAGAAAUCCUAUCUUUCUCUGUUCUCAGUAUGGUGUCAUUUUUAAAUAAUAUGCAUCAACAAUAUUUCACAUUUCUAUAGAAAUUAGUCCAUGAAAGAGUGCUACAAGUUUUAUUUCUCACAAAAAUCUAUUUUCAGCAAAAAGUAAUUUGUCAAAAUAUUGUAACCCACUGGGCUGUAUUUUGUAUAAAAUACCAGUAGUACUUUACAAAUCUGUGUGAAAAGUAUAGAUUUUCAUGACUAGUUUCUCCAAUAAAUAAAAGCCAUCUACCUACAGGACUAACACACAGCUUAAUCUUGGGUGACGUAGAAAUAAUGGAGAGCCUUAAUAAAGGGUCCGGAUUCUGUUGACUAAUUUUCAUACUCAAAAGUAUGAAAGUCUAGUGAAAGAUUUAUUCAGGAAUGUAACAAUCUGGUUCUAACCGUUCUCUGAAGCAGAAGAGCUCAGUCUGUUUCUUGGGAUUUCAUUUGAUAACAACUACUCUGUCAGCUGAUUAUGCAUUUGGAUUUUCUACACCUUACCUUUCUUAGUGAGGACCAGCCUUGUCAUGGACACAGUGGCAUUUCUAAAUGAGGUGCCGACUCUGGAUCACUGCCCUUCACUCAUAUACUGCAGGAGAGUAAGUGGGAGCCCAGCUGGCAAAAGAUUUGUCACACUGCUUAGUACCUUCUGUUUGAGUAGCAUUUUGUGCAAUUAGACAAGCCACAUGAAUUUCCUGAAUAAACUGUAAAUAAUGAUUUGACGAAA